AUGCCGCCGCCCCAUGCCGCGACCCCUCUUGCCAUCCUCUCCCGCUUCCUCUCGUCGCCGUCUCCCUCGUCGGUGCCCGAGCUACUUCGCAUCCACGCGCUCGCCGUCACCUCGGGCCUGUCUCAACGCCCCGACCUCGCCGCAAAGCUCGUCUCCGCCUACUCCUCUGCGGGGCGCCCCGGGCUCGCCGCGCUCGCCUUCUCGGCUUCCCCCUGUCCCGACGCAUUCCUCUGGAAUUCCCUCAUCCGCACCCACCACUGCGCCUCAGACUUCGUGGCCGCGCUCGCCGCCCACCGUCGCAUGCUCGCCUCUGGUGCACGGCCUUCCCCCUUCACCACGCCGCUCGCCGCCUCCGCCGCCGCUGAGCUCGGCGCGCUCGGCGUCGGCGCCUCCGUGCACGCGUACUGCGUCAGGGUGCUAGAUGAGCUGAAUUCUGGUAGAUGCCUGCACGGGUAUGUAGUGAAGGUCGGGGUUGGUGAUCCCCCCUUGGUAAAUUCUGCCCUCUUCUCUAUGUACUCGAAGUGUCACAGCACUGAGGAUGCAUGCACGUUAUUCCCAGAGUUGCCAGAGAAAGAUGUGGUUUCCUGGACAAGUUUGAUUGGAAUAUACUGCUGGAGAGGGCUUAUUAUGGAGGCUAUGGGGUUGUUCCAGGAGAUGAUGGGAUCAGGCAGAGUUUUUAGAUUGUUGCGGCAACAAGAUGCGGACUCAUGGAACUUGAUGAUUGUAGCAAACUGCAAAGCUGGAUGUGAUGUCAAAUGCUUGGAGCUGUAUCGUGAGAUGCAGUUCAGAGAUAAGUAUGAAUUCCUGUGUGGUGCCAACAGCUUGGUUUCGGUAAUCUCUUCUUGCUCACGGCUAGCGGAACUAAGACUAGGUCGAUCAGCACACUGUUAUUCAAUCAAGCACUUGCUUGAUGAGGAUUCAUCAGUUGCAAAUGUUUUAAUUGGCAUGUAUGGGAGGUGCGGAAAGUUUGAUCAUGCAUGCAAAAUAUUUGGCCUGGCCAAACUGAAGGGGGAUGUUGUCACAUGGAAUACACUGAUAUCUAGCUAUGCUCAUCUGGGACAUUCAAAUGCUGCGGUGUCACUGUAUGAUCAAAUGCUCACUGAAGGCCUGACACCCAACUCAACAACCUUGAUCACUGUCAUUUCAGCUUGUGCAAACUUGGUUGCAUUGGAACGUGGAGAGAAGAUACAUUCUUACGUUAAAGAAAUGGGGUGGGACUAUGAUGUAUCAAUCAACACAGCACUUGUUGACAUGUAUGCUAAAUGUGGGCAGCUUGGAAUUGCAAGAAGGAUUUUUGACUCUAUGCUUCAACAUGAUGUUGUUGCAUGGAAUGUUAUGAUAUCAGGGUACGGGAUGCAUGGGGAAGCAAAACAAGCACUAGAAUUAUUUGGUAAGAUGGAAGGAGGAAGUAUUAAGCCUAAUGGUGUCACCUUUCUUGCUAUUCUAUCUGCUUGCUGCCAUUCAGGGCUUCUUGAGGAGGGCAGGAAGCUGUUCACAAGAAUGGGAAAAUACUCACUUGAGCCUAACCUGAAGCAUUACGCCUGCAUGGUGGAUCUCCUAGGGAAAUCUGGGCAUCUCCAAGAAGCAGAAGAUAUGGUUUUAGCCAUGCCAGUAGAACCUGAUGGCGGGAUAUGGGGAACUUUGCUUAGUGCCUGCAAAUUGCAUGACAACUUUGAGAUGGGUUUAAGGAUUGCAAAAAAGGCAUUUGCUUCUGAACCAGAAAAUGAGGGAUAUUACAUUUUAAUAUCUAAUUCUUAUGGCAGUGCUAAAAAAUGGGAUGAGAUAGAGAAACUAAGAGAAACGAUGAAGAAUCAUGGAGUUCAAAAAGGUGUAGGUUGGAGUGCAGUUGAUUAUUGUGGGUGA